CGGCACAAUCUAGAGAGAUCGGUGUAUUCAAAAAAAGGGAAAAAGAAAAAACUAGAGAGAUCAGUGGUCGAGAAGAAGAACGACUGAGAGACAGAGAGAGCGUGUGUUUGUUUGGUUUGUGCGAAAUAGAUAGACGGAUCGAAGGGAAAUUUUCAGCUUACCAUCUGAGGACAAUUUGAGGAGAUCUUUUUGUUCGCCGAAUACAGAGAAAAGCGGCGACACGAAAAAAUAAAAAAAGGGAGGGAGAAGAGAACGGGAAAGAAGGAAGAGGAGGAGAAGAGACGGACGGGAAGCUCUUGCGUAAAAGAAUUGGAGUCAAGGGGAAGAGUAACAUUUGGGUCUAGGUUUUAAUCAGGUUUUAUGCAAAAGAGUUUCUGGAUUGUUGUUCUCCCACUGUUCCUGAUUUUGUUAUUUGGUGUUAGUUCAGCGUCCUCUUCUGAUUCAGAUAUCAGGAACAGUGUGGUAUCAAAAUUUGAAAAUAUUUUCAAAUCAGUGACGGCACCAAAAACUGUGGCGAGAGGGACAAAAAGAUUACUAAAAGAGUGUGCUGCUGAAAGUCAUCAAAGUACAGAGAGAAUUGAGCAAAGAAGAACUCAAUAUGCUGAUGAAAAAAGUUGAUGCAUUGAUGAAAGCCGUGGAGCAGAGUCUAUGAAAAUAAAGAGAGAAGCCGUAGCUAAGGCAGUGUAAACUUCACCAAGAGUGCUGCAACAUAGAACGCGAAAUUUGAGGUGCACUACAUGACAUUAUGCGAAUGUUAUAUAAGUUGAAAUAAGGCUGCAAAAAGGUUUUUGGAGCAGGUUGAAGCUUUGGAAAGAUUCACAGAGGCAAUAUCUUUUGGUGGAAUUAACUACGCUUUCCUGUCUUUUGAUACAGGUCACAUUGGCAGCAUCUGAGUUGAAUAAGCUGACAUAAGUUCUUAGGGAACUCUUUAAAGGCAGCAGUUCAGCUCGAAUUGUGCAAAAGUUCAAGUUGUUGGAGUCAUUUAAAAUUGCUCUCGAUAAAGGGAAGUUAUGUUGUAUGCUGAUGAAAAAAGUUGAUGCAUUGAUGAAAGCCGUGGAGCAGAGUCUAUGAAAAUAAAGAGAGAAGCCGUAGCUAAGGCAAAGUUUGCUCAAGAUUUGGAAGGUUUCCUGGACUGAUUUUAGAAAGAAGGAUGAUGACACAGUGGUAGAGAGUUUCACAUAUACUACUGAUUCCCGUCGUGAAAUCAGUGAAUCACUAUAGACCUUUGGAAGAAAACAGUUUAUAAAAGAAAAUUUACACUUGAAUUUGGUUAGUCUGAGUCUCUCUCUCUCUCCGGUCCAACUUCCAUUUUCAUGGCGUUUCACGGCGCUUCACGCCGUGUCCUAUCAUCGCUGCCAUCUCUCAGCAGCAGAGCCAGGUACUACCCAAUGCUUCACCUUCAUUCACCAAUUUCUUCGUCUCUCUUUUCAACUCUUAAUGCUCAAUCCCAACAUGAAUAUGUCAAAUUCAAUCCCAACCAGUCUUCUUCUCAUGACGAACCUUCUGUUCUUCACCAGCUCUCUGUUUUGUUACCAAUCCCCCAUCAAAUUUUACCUCCAAAACAAUUUGACCCCACUGAUUCGAAUAAGAAGGUAGAAUCUGUUAGGGCUGUGGAUGGGUUUUUAAUGCCCGACGAGAAAUUACGUGGGGUUUUUCUUCAGAAAUUGAAGGGUAUAGCUGUAAUUGAGCAUGCGCUCGACAAUGUUGGUGUGGAUUUGAGCGUUGAUGUUGUUGCACAAGUAGUGAAUAGAGGUUGUUUAGGCGGUGAAGCAAUGCUUGUGUUUUUUAAUUGGGCGAUUAAGAAGCCAAAUGUAGCUAAGCAUGUUCAUACAUACCAUAUAAUCCUCAAAGCAUUGGGUAGAAGAAAGUUCUUUAAUUAUAUGAUGCAAGUUUUGAAUGACAUGAGGAGCCAAGACAUACGUCUUGAUUUGGAGACUGUGUCGAUUGUGAUGGAUAGUUUUGUGAGGGUUGGACAUGUCUCGAAAGCAAUCCAAGUGUUCCGAAACUCGGCAGAGUUUGGGUUGGAUUGCGAUACUGAGUGUCUGAAUGUGCUUCUGCAGUGUCUGUGUCAGCGGUCUCAUGUAGUGGCUGCAAAUUCGUUUCUUAAUUCUGUGAAGGGGAAAGUGCGAUUCAAUGGCACUACGUAUAACAUUGUUAUUGGUGGGUGGUCGAAAUAUGGUAGAGUUGGUGAGAUGGAGAGGACUUUGGAAGCAAUGGUAGCAGGUGGGUUUAGUCCUGAUAGUGCAACUUUCAGUUACAUUCUUGAGGGUCUAGGAAGAGCUGAUCGGAUUGACGAUGCAGUUGAGAUUUUUGAGAGCAUGAAGGGGAAAGGUUGCGUGCCAGACACCGUUACAUACAAUGCAAUGAUCUCUAACUUCAUCUCUGUUGCGAAUAUUGAUGAAUGUGUAAACUACUUCAAGAGUAUGUCGAGUAAUGCUUGCGAUCCAAAUGUUGAUACUUAUACCAAAUUGAUUGCUGGUUUCCUUAAAGCCCGGAAAGUGGCGGAUGCACUGGAGAUGUUUGAUGAGAUGUUAAGUCGAGGAUUUGUUCCUACUACGGGGACUAUAACCUCUUUUAUGGAACCCCUAUGUAGCUAUGGUCCACCAUAUGCUGCUAUGAUGAUUUACCAGAAAGCAAGAAAGGUCGGAUGUAGAAUAUCAUUGACUGCUUAUAAGCUAUUGCUUAUGCGCCUUUCUAGAUUUGGUAAAUGUGGAAUGUUGCUAAACAUUUGGGAAGAGAUGCAGGAAUGUGGAUAUGCUUCUGAUAUCGAAGUUUAUGAGUAUGUAAUCAGUGGACUUUGCAACAUUGGGCAGCUUGAAAAUGCUGUACUUGUCAUGGAAGAGUCUCUACGAAAAGGUUUUUGCCCAAGCAGGCUUACCUAUAGCAAACUAAGUAACAAACUUCUUGCUUCAAAUAAGUUAGAGAGGGCUUAUAAGCUAUACUUGAAGAUUAAAGCUGCUCGUCGUUUUGACAAGACACAGAGAAUUUGGCGUGCUAGGGGAUGGCAUUUCUGAACUGACAUCUCUUGUGUUGCCAAGAUAUAAUCUUUCUUUCCUUCGUACAGCAAGUUGUUGACUUACCCGCUAGAAGAGUCGUUGUUCUAGAUAUUUCGUCAGAGAUUGGUUUGAUUAUAGAGCUGUCAUCUUAUUGGAUGAAUAUUAUGCUAGAACGCAAUACAUAUCAAGAUGGCUAAAGAAAUUCAUUAAACAUAUUAAUUAUUGAGUACUAACAAAGUACUUAACCUUAACACAGGAAAGGCUGGGGAAGAAUAUGCUUACAGUAGCAGAGGAGAAAGCUAUUCCUCUUACUGGCCCAGUAAAAUAAUUACAAGAGUGACAUGUUGGAACUCCAAAGCGUUUUGAUUUUUCUGGAUAGGGAUAGAUUUAUGAAGUGAAGCAUGGUGCCCAACUGAACUUUCAAGGUGAUUUUGGAGUUCAUGAGUUGGUAUGAAUGGAUGAAGAUGCUAACAUGGAAUUUAUUAAUCUGGCAGGCUGUCUUUAUAAAAUAUCAUGGCCAAAUGGGAAAAUGAACUCUUAUAAUGGCAGCAGCUUAAAUCAGAAUCACAGGUGAUGAUGAACAUAAUAUCUCCUUUACGACUUAUGAAGAAUUUACCAAGACUUUUAAUGUGUGGUCAUUUUGAUGAAGAAAUUUCGUUUGCCUAUCUUAAUUUCUUUGGUUUCUGAUGUGCAUGAAGUUAUAUGUGAUUUGCUGACCCUGACUCCUCAGAUGGUUGGUCAUCUUUUCUUUUUUCCCCUUAGAAACACAGAUAAACUGCAGCAUUCAGGAUUGCAUACCUGUACACCAUCCAGAAGUUUCCCUUUCCAUUGAUGUUUACCAUAAUGUGCAAAACUGGAUCAAGUUUUGCUUGCAGACCCAAGGAUUCUUGGUCAUUGGACGAAAAACCUUGACUGAGUUGAGGGAUAAGAUAUACUGUUUAACAGAUAAGGUGAUGGAAAAAGAUGGCCAGCAUAAUCAUUCAGGAUGUUUCCUCAUAGAAGUAAGAAGUUGAAUCCAUUUAAUGGUUAGUUUCAAAUGAAGAUGGUCUUUCCACUUAAUCCUAGUAAAUUGCUUAUCCUAUGUAGGAGAGAUUCUACAAAGAUCUGAGGGUUUCUUCUGCAUUAUAUUAUAGUUGAUCUGUAUAUGAUUGGCUUAGAAAUUUAAGAGAUGAUGCUCUAAAAAACUAAAAGUGGAGUGUGUUUUAGCUGGAAAAUUGCAAAAGAAGGAAAAAAGCAGUUGUAUGCAACAUAACUGGCUCAAAAUUGCCUCUGUUCCAAGCUGAUGAUAUGCACAAGACACAGUUUUGCAACUUGAAAUUUCAACCUUCUGAUAUGUCACCAGGGUGACUACAGACACAGUUGUAAUUAGAGACAUAAGGUUGCUUCAUCUAGAGGAUAUACAGAACAGGGCAGUUUAUCAAUUACUCUUAUUCCAAUUGAAGCUACACGUACAGAAAUAUAAAGUGUGUCAGAUGUAUAGUGCAACAAAGUUGACUGUCAAUGACAAUUGGAUUGCGGAGAAUCCCUGCUACUUCUCCGAUAAUUGCUACUUAUCAAUGUAAUCUGAAAACCAAAUGUUGAGGUUCGUAGUUAUGUUUAAUCAAGAGAGAUUGUGAGAGCGUAAUUUGGAUUUGUUUAGAAAAUGAUACAAGUCAUACAACCGCAUUAUGUUGUUGUCUGUAAGGUUGGGAAGUUUUCAAUCAUCGAUGUUUCCAUUUGGGAGUUUUAGUUUCA